AAAAUAACAAAAGAAAAAAUAAAAAGUUGCCGUGGAAGUAGAAAGGCCACCAAAUCAAGAGCAAGUGUGGAUAGAACGUGUUCUCCACCCGCCAAUCAAAUUUCAUCAAAAUCUCAAACUUCCUUUUUUCAAUUUCUCACACAUCUCUUUUAGAUUUCUAUCCAAUCAAAACCUUUCAAACUUGUCCCAAACCGGUUAAACCGGACCCAAACUCUUUCAAAUCCUCAAACAUAUUCUAUCAACGAUCUCCUGCUUCCACAUCGCUCCCCAUCCCUCUCUGUCUCUCUCUGCUCAGUUCCUGAUCUGGAGAUUGAGAUUUGGGGAAUCUAUGGCGGUUUCAAAUGCCUUUGUGGGCUGCCCAAAGCUUGAGACUUUAUUGAAUCACCAUUCUCCAUCUUCUUCUUCUUCCUCUACUUUGCAAACACCAUUGGGUCUCAUUGGUGUUCCGAGGAACAAUAGAGUCAAGCGUGGUCUCAUCCAGAGAGCACGUUGCGAGCUUUCUCCCUCUGAUUCUGCAAGCAUCUCUGCUCUCGAACAACUCAAGAACGCUGCAGCUGACAGAUAUACAAAGGAAAGAAGCAGCAUUGUGGUCAUUGGACUUAGCAUUCACACAGCUCCUGUUGAGAUGCGUGAGAAGCUUGCUAUCCCUGAAGCUGAAUGGCCCCGAGCUAUUGGCGAAUUGUGCGGUUUGAAUCACAUCGAGGAAGCUGCUGUUCUCAGUACUUGUAACCGUAUGGAGAUUUAUGUUUUAGCUCUCUCUCAGCACCGUGGAGUUAAAGAAGUCACUGAAUGGAUGUCAAAGACAAGUGGGAUUCCAGUUGCGGAGAUUUGUCAGCACCGUUUUCUUCUGUACAACAAGGAUGCUACACAGCAUAUAUUCGAAGUCUCUGCUGGUCUGGACUCUCUCGUCCUAGGAGAAGGUCAGAUCCUUGCACAGGUUAAACAAGUGGUUAAAGUUGGUCAAGGAGUGAAUGGCUUUGGGAGGAACAUCAGCGGGCUGUUUAAACAUGCCAUAACAGUUGGGAAGCGUGUCAGAACAGAGACAAACAUCGCUGCUGGGGCUGUCUCCGUUAGCUCAGCUGCUGUCGAACUUGCUCUGAUGAAGCUUCCGGAAUCUUCACACGCAUCCGCUAGGAUGUUGAUCGUCGGUGCAGGGAAGAUGGGGAAGCUUGUGAUAAAACAUUUGGUAGCAAAGGGUUGCACAAAAAUGGUGGUGGUAAACAGAAGUGAAGAGAGAGUUACAGCCAUCCGUGAGGAGAUCCCUUAUGUUGAGAUUUUGUAUCGACCUCUUGAUGAGAUGCUAGCUUCUGCUGCUGAAGCUGAUGUUGUUUUCACCAGCACAGCCUCUGAGACGCCGUUGUUUUUAAAGGAGCACGUAGAGACUCUCCCUCCUGCUUGUCCAGAGAUUGGAGGAGUGAGGCUUUUUGUUGACAUCUCUGUCCCGAGAAACGUCGGUUCUUGUGUCAAUGAAGUAGAUACCGCACGUGUUUACAAUGUGGACGACCUCAAGGAAGUCGUUGCUGCCAAUAAAGAAGACAGGCUGAGGAAAGCGAUGGAAGCUCAGACCAUAAUAGCUGAGGAAUCAAACCAGUUUGAAGCGUGGAGGGAUUCACUAGAGACGGUUCCUACGAUCAAGAAGUUAAGAGCUUAUGCAGAAAGAAUCAGACUGGCAGAGCUCGAGAAGUGCAUGUCCAAAAUGGGGGAUGACAUCAACAAGAAAACAACCAGAGCUGUUGAUGACUUAAGCCGAGGUAUAGUGAACAGAUUCUUACAUGGUCCAAUGCAGCAUUUGAGAUGUGAUGGGAGUGACAGUAGAACACUGAGCGAGACUCUUGAGAAUAUGCAUGCUUUGAACAGAAUGUACAAUCUCGAGAAGGACAUUUUGGAGGAGAAACUCAAGGCCAUGACAUCGGGACAACAAAAGUAAAAGAUAAGAAAGAAGAGGGUCUGGUCCAUCUCUUUUGACAGACAUAGCAAAAUGCAUAUAUCAUUAAGCUGAGGAUCUAUAUGAUUCAUUUAAUUUAAGUACCAGAGACGGUUUCUUUGGCUAACAUUUUAUGUCGUCUAAGUGUAAGUGUUUGAGAAGCUAAGCGAGCUUUGUUGCAUGUUUUUUGCUUCAUAAACUCGUAUAUAACGGUACUGAUCCAAGUACUGUUACUCAUCUGUAAUAUAUAAACUUUGGUUCAUGUGGUAUAGAGAUGUUUUUCCUUUUGUGUUUUUAUAUAUUUGUUAAUAUAAACUUUAGCUAAAC